CAGAAGCACUGUCCUAGUGGGUACAUAAGGGUGGGGCAUCGGUUUUGAGGGUAGAGAUGAGGUGAUGGGAAGCUUGGAAGAAAAAUUUAAAAUGGAGUUUUUUUGCUCCCUCGUUGACGCUUCUUAAGUGUCCAUCAAAGAAAGGUUCAGACAAAUACCACAAGAAGACCUAGAGGUUUUUGCAUGACCUUAGUAAGCUGCAGACAGGAAAACACUCUUGAACAAUUUUGCAGACUUCACCAGAUGCUGAUGUUCGGACGUCAAUGAUAAAGACCUCUAUGUCAAAUUGGACAACAUCCAUCAAAUUUUGUGACAUGGGAAGCACUUUCCACUCCACGUAUUCCAGUUCAUUCAUGAUGCAGAACUGAAAGACACUUUUCCUAAUGUGUGGAUAGCUUUGAGGAUUCUGCUCAUACUGCUGGUCCCAGUUGCGAAUGCUCUUCUAAGCCCUCGGGGCAACAUCUUCAGGAACAACUUCUUUGCCAUCUUUGACCUGGGUCCUGAUCUCACACAGAGACUCCAACAAUGUCCCAUUUCAAUAAAGCCGAGCAAGAUGACUGGAUGACUGUUUAUCUGAAGUAUCUCUUGUUUGUGUUUAAUUUCUUCUUCUGGGUGGGUGGUGCUGCAGUGAUGGCUGUUGGCAUAUGGACCCUAGUUGAAAAAAGCGACUAUCUGAAUAUCCUGGCAUCUAGUACAUUUGCCGUGUCUGCAUACAUCCUGAUCUUUGCAGGAGGUCUUGUGAUGAUUACAGGUUUUCUGGGAUUCUGUGCAAUCAUCAGGGAACAAAGGAGCUGUCUUUCCGCAUAUUUCUCCAUGCUCCUCUUGAUCUUCCUUAUCGAGCUGGUUGCUGGAGUUCUUGCCUACGUUUACUAUCAAAGGCUAAGCGAGGAGCUGAAACAGCACCUGACCCAGACCCUGACUGAGAAUUAUGCUCUUCCUGGGAAAACACACAUCACACAUUCCAUCGAUCGCCUGCAGCAAGACUUCAAAUGCUGUGGCAGCAAUAGCUCAGCUGAUUGGCAGCACAGUGUCUAUAUCCUGUCUGUAGAGUCCAGUGGCCGAGUGGUACCAGAUAGCUGCUGUAAAACAAUCACCUUCAAAUGUGGGAAGAGGGAUCAUCCAUCUAAUAUUUACAAGGUGGAGGGAGGAUGCAUUACUAAACUGGAACAGUUCCUGGCAGAUCACCUUUUGAUAAUGGGAGCUGUUGGCAUCGGAGUAGCUUGCCUUCAGCUGCUUGGUGCAGGCCUGACUGCCUAUUUUAACUAUAUUCUCUAUAAGGAAGAGGAAGAAGAUGCGUAUUCUGUAAUGUGACUGAUUAGCCUUCUUUACCCCUACUAUGAGCUGUGGGAUGAUUUUUACCUGCUGUCUACACAGAAGAAUUAAAAUGGACUCUUACUGAAGACUAAAAGUCUCCGCUCUCUUUUCCUUAAUGCACAAUCUAGAGAAGCAACAUUUCAACGUGUAUCAGUAUUACUGUGGAUGCUUAAUGGGCCAUAUUUAUAGCCUCCUUCUCUGUUCAUGUUGAUAUGCCUUAAAUUGAGAUGAAUUUUAGCAAGGUCACUGCCUGGAACACUUUCCAAUCCACCUUGAAAUAAUUCUUAACUGAGAAGAGAAAAAUAUUUUCUAUUUUUUUUUGUACAAGAUUUUUUUUGGUAAAAACGUUACUACUCUUAUGCAGUAUGAUUUGUAAAGACAUUCUUUUGUAGCUCCACAAUCUGUAUUGUGCGGUAACAGUGCAUCCUCUGCAUAUUCAUCCCAGAUUUUCUUAGUUUAACAGAAAUAUCUCCAUGACUAUAGGAUAUUUUAACUCGAGCAACUAGCUGUAUUUUUUUAAAUGAAGGGAUUUUUUAGAUUUCAGAACUAGGUCAACUUUUUUCUGUUUAGUAUUUUUUUUCAAUCUGUGUCUGUCUCCCCCUCCCUCAGGUCCAAUUGAAGCUGCACUUCAGUCCCAGCACCUUUUGUUUCAGACAGAGGGUAACAGACUGGCCCUGCUGCCAGAGCUGCACCAGGAACAGCCCAGCAGAGGGUACUUUAUGAGUAGACUGGAUGCAUUUCAGCUAGAUUUGAUUUAGAACAGCGGUUCUCAAACUGGAGGUUGGGACCCCAGAGUGGGUCAUGACCUCGUUUUUAUGGGGUUGCCAGGGCUGGCUUAGACUUUCUGGGGCUUGGGGCUGAAGCCUGAGGUGGGGCUGAAGCCUGGGUGGUGGGGCUCAGGUUACAGGCCCCCUGCCUGGGGCUCAAGCCCUCGGGAUUUGGCUUUGGUCCUCCCGCCUGGGGUGGUGGGGCUUGGGCUCGGGCUUCGGCCCCACCACCUGGGGUCGUGCAGUAGUUUUUGUUAUCAGAUUGGGGUCGUGGUGCAAUGAAGUGUGAAAAACCCUGCUUUAGAAGUAUGUUCAAUUAUAAUUUAGGGCCUCUGGGAAGAUUGUGAGUAGGGGACAACAGUGGGAGAGGAUCCGCUUUUGCAUUGCUCUUGGUGCAGUUCCAUAUUUAUCUGAAGUGCCUCCAUUAGGACUUUUAGCUUUACUGCCCACUACCAGCACAAACCUAACUGAUCAAAGAGGAGAUUUUGUGCCCAGCUUAGGGAUCCUGAUUCAGAGGAGAAAAACCUCUUUUUAAAAAGAUUUUGAAAUGCUACACUACAUCAUUCAACUGUUUUCUGUCAUCAGAAUGCAUUAUAUUAACUCCACUUAGGUAUAAGGGUUAUUUUGCUAAUGAGCCCUACAGUUACUAAGAACAAAUAAAAAGAAAUAGCAUUAAAAACAAAUCUGAAUUGCUGUCACUUUGCUGUGACUGCCAAAUUGCUCAGAAACCACUUUGACGAGCACAGGAUGGAUAAAUGAUUAGAUAGGUGGAAUGGGUACCUAGAUGGAACAGAUGGCUAGACAGAAUGGAACAGGAUGGCUAGAGGUGCAAUCAAUUUUCUUUCCGAUCCUCUCUUUCAGGACAGUGAAAUUCUUUCAGUAACAAAUGAUUCUGCUGCCACAUAGUUAGUUCUUGAUUACGUAGUUGCAAAAUAGAAGGAAACCCCCACUUUAUAUAUAAUUAAAAAAAAACACUUGUAAUUUUAUGAGAGAUUCAACAGUUUUGCAAAAUACAAGUGAACCCAAAGUAGAUAGUUUCACAAAUUACACUUAGGUGUGUUACUCAACACUUGAUUACUAUUACUUAAAUACGUGUAAGAACGGUCAUUUUUCUAUUGCCAGUGAUACCUCUGAGACUUGUUUUAAGAGAAACUGUAAGAAAAGAUACUUUAUUUAAGGACAACUCUCUAGGUGUUGUUUUGUGUGUAAUAUUAAUGAUUUUCAGAUUCUCAUAGCCUUGUAAGCUACUUCACUGAGGCUACGUCUACACCUCAAAUUAGUUCAAUAUAACUUACCUCGCUCAGGGGUGCGAAUAAGCCACACCCCCUAGCAACAUAAUUUACACCGACCUAAGUGCUGGUGUAGACAGCACUAUGGCAACAGGAGAACUUCUCCUGCCGACAUAGCUACCACCUCUAAAGGAGGCAGGAGUUAUUAUGCCGAGGGGAGAGCUCUCUCCCAUCGGCUUAGAGCAUCUUUACCAGAAGCACUACAGCAGCACAGCUGCAUCGAUACAGCAGUGCCCCUGUAAAUGAUGUAGUGUAGGCAUAGCCCAAGUUACGUUUGGGGUCUUUUAAAUCACAGGCUGUCUCUAACUCAGCUUGUCAGGUUUUUACCAGCAGUUGUUUGCUAGUUACCACCUCCUUGUUUUACAGUUUAACACCAGUAAGUUUCUGGUUGAGGCUAGGACUGCCAAACAGCACUGGUGAGGGAAAGGCAGGAGGCAAUGCAUGCAUUUGAGGUAAAGAGUCAUUUAUGACUUGGUGAUCCUGUGUGUGCACCUCCAUCCACAACGAGCUGAAGAGUCCCGGUUACUUUUAUUUUUAACCUGCUUGAGAUAAAACUCUAUUGAUACAACCCAUUACUUGACCUGAACUUACUAUUUUUGUAUUAUUUGUAUUACCAUAGGGCCUAAGCACUCUAGUCAUGGACCAGAACCCCAUUAUGCUAGGCACAAUAUAAAUGCAGAACAAAAAAACCCAAAACAAAACGAAAAAAAAUCCUAUCCCUGCCCAAAGAGCUUACAAUGAAAGUACUAGACAAGAGAUAACAGAUAGAGACAGACCAAUGGGGGAGUACAAGGACACAAUGAGACAAUGCUGGUCAGCAUGAUAGGAAGUGAUCUCAGCAUACCUGCAGCCUAAACUGUUGUGAAGUUUCUUAUAGUCAUCUCAGCAAAGGAGAGAUUUAAGGAGGGUUUUGAAGGAGGAGAAGGAGUUGGCUCGGUGGAUGUUUAUGGGGAGCGCCUCCAAAGCAUGAGAGGCAGCAUGGGAGAAAGCACAAAGGUGCUUGUUCAAAAAUGUAACAAGUGAGCAAUUGAGGCUGGUAUCCUGGGCUGAAUGGCGGUGGGAGUCAACAUCUCGAUGCUGACUGAGAAAUGAUAGGAAGGGCUAGGCUGAGAAGGCGUAUGUUUGUUGCUAUGGUAAGUAGAACCUGUUAGUUUUCUUUUAUAGCAGUGCAAACAGAUACUCAAGCAGCUUUCCGCUAUGUCAUAGGCUACUGUCUAUGUUAUCCAUGCUAAAUCAUGUGACAGCUGCAAAGGAAGGGCUAACGAAAGGAGACAUAAUAGGGUGACAGAUUCCAGGGCUUUUCUGCUGCAUUAUCUUGAUUCAGAUGCUUAGACCCUACAUAUAUCUGUCAAGAUGUUUUUACUGAGUCUCUCUCUCCAUUCAAGAAAUAUAAGAUGGGUGGGAGCCUCUCCCUGAGAUAGAAGAAAUGAGUGAAUGAGACAGAGGAGAUCUGCAGGGCAAACCCCAAGAACAGCCAGUUUGGGGAUGAAAGCAGCAUAGAUUGAAGUGUGUUUUUCACUGAUAUUUGUUACCCAUAAAGUUACAUUCCAGGAAGGAGGUAAGACUCAGAUCUGGGAACUGACAUCAUGUGGACAGACUGUCAAUUGUAGGAUUGAGGCCUAAAUUUGGACUUUAUAAAAUGUGAGUAUACUCUGCCCAGGCCAAAUUGUGAACAUCACCUGCUUACAGACAGCAACUAGCUUUUCUGUUGAUAAAGUAACUUUUGUGUAAAGGUGUUUUAGAAUUCAUCAGGAUAUUAACUGACUGCUUUAAAAAAAAUUCAAAGUGGAAAAUGUAACUUUGCACAGUGGCUUUCAUUUUGUGUUAGAGUCCCGCUAGCUCUCAAAAAGGUACUGCACAAUCGAAAGUACAGCUGGAGAGGAUAUUAAACAAUAUAAAGAACUAAGCCUCAAACUUGUAUACAGUCUAAAGCAGUGGACACAAAUAUGCCCUCCAGUCAGACAUAAAAUGUAGUGGAGGAAAAGCACUUCUGCCCUAUUGUACUUUUAUAAUAUACACAUUAUCAGCUUGUUUGGAAUUGUAAUGUAAACAGUCCAUCAGUUGCCGACCCCUGAGUUAGAGUAACGUAAAAAUGCUGCAUUAAGUUAAUAGCUGAGUCCAGAACUCCAGUAUAACAGCUGUUACACCAACUUUUGCCUUCUCAAACAACCCUAAUGUAUCUCAUGGUUCCUAUUUCUUGCCAUAUUUGACUGAUUGUUAUGCUGUUCUAUGUGGUACUAUAAUCUUUCAGUGAAUAAAGGCAUAGAAUGUAAA